UUGCGAUGCAACGACCUUACAGAGUGUGCUCUUAGAUCUAUCCAACGUUAAUCAACCUGUUAGUCCAUCGAGUGCAAGAAGUGAAAAGGCACGGCGAAAAUUAUGACGUCCAACGGCAAACUUUCCAUAGGCUACAAAGAUACCAAUUACUGUACCAAUGUGUGGAGGAGGAAACCUUCUAUGAGGGGUUUGCUACUGUGGCUUGGGUUAGCGGGUAUGGGGUACCUAAUGCUGUCGUUUUUCACCACUGGCCAUGUACAGUUGUCAAAUCCACAACCAUCUCAAAGAAAGUUCUCCACACGUAUGCUUGGCUCUGUACAAAAUAUCAUCUCCAAUUACCUCGCUAAAUUGCCGAAUGUUACACCAGCAACACUUUCGAACCCAACAGUCGCUGGGAACUCCUUUUUCUACAUCCAGUACCCCAAGGCAAGUUACAAUGUAUGUGAUCAGCUGGCAUUGUACAUCGAAGCGAGGGACAAAACGAACAAGACGAAGACCAGAGGAGGUGAUUUUAUGUGGCCCUACCUGCAAACAGCCUCACUAAGCGCUAGUACCCCGGCAGACGAGCUGAUCGACCAUGGUAACGGUUCAUACGCCGCCCUCUUCACGCUAAACUGGGCCGGGGAAAUUGAGCCGUUUGUACGGUUCGUCCUCAGCUCCGAGCAGUCUUAUUCAGUGCGUAAAAUCAGGGACCGAAUACCUUAUAGGUUCGCUUACGAUGCCAUGUUCACUGACGGCAAAACCAUUGAAGUGACGCCAUGUCACAUUACGAAAGACAUCUACGUCGAUAAAGCGGCGAAAGAGUUGUCAUUGGCGUCGAAAGCAGAAGUUUGUGAUUUUUCUGACCCUAGGAUAGGUUCGACUUGGUAUUGCCUCAAGCCCAAAACUCUGUCCUGCUCCAAUCGUAGUCAGCAUCGUGGUAACAUAGAAAGAGGAAACAGUUAUCUUCAACAAGCGCUGCAAGACGAAAAAGUGUCGUUAGCAAAGCCAGAGAUGUUGCAGAACAUUGGGAAAGUACGCACGGUCAAAGUAAUGUCUAAAGUGAGUGACUCUGCUUGUCUGGAUUUACCGCCUUGCAAUUCCGGUCUUCCACCCAAGCGAGCAAACCGCGCCGCCGGAUACUACUUCAAAGAUUUAUGGAAGUCAAAGGUCUGCAUUGCCAGAGAACUCCAGCUAAAGGAAACUAUCGAGUGCCUUCGAAAUAAGCAUUUGUUUUUCAUCGGUGACUCCACCAUAAGGCAGUGGUUUUUGUAUCUUGUCUCACACCUUGGGCAAAAUAUGACAGAGUAUAAGAUAUGGACCAAGGAAGAUGUUAUUCAAAUGCAUAGACACGCUUUUGACAAAGUCCACAACAUCACACUGGAUUUUCGAUUUCAUUACUACCCGAUUCUUGGUAACUGGCUUAAUACAACUACUAUCUAUUCUGCAAUUGACUUGAUUGACAGUCUACCAGGUGGAAGGGACACAGUACUCGGUUUUACAAUGUGGGCUCACUUUACAUACACGAAUCUGACCUAUUACUUAUCUCGAUUGGAGCCCAUAAGAGAUGCCAUGAUACGCCUUCAAGAGAGAAGUGCUGGAAAAGCUACCGUUAUAAUCAAGUCAGCGAACACGGGCAUUUUACCUUACACGCCCGAAAUCACCGAGCUGUUGUCCUACGAUCUUGACCAAAUGAUGAGGGCAUUUUUCGCGGAAAUUCCUGGUGUCACCGUCAUUGACGUCUGGGACAUGACUGUAAGUCCCAGAGGUGAAUAUGACGUUCAUCCCUGUGAACUGGUUAUAAGAGAAGAGAUCAAGAUGGUACUGAAUUUCAUUUGCAGAGAGUGAAUCGUGUGUAGUGAAUCGUGCUCUUCUGCUGGCGUCGUUUUUAUGAGCUGCUUAAUUAAAAACAAUUUUAAUUCACCUAUUAUCUAAUACCAGGCCUAACUUUACUCUUUUCAUGCGGAACAUUUGCGAUUGAUUAAUUAGUCUAAUAGGUUUAUCACUGAAAAAUUGCCUGGGUUAAAUUCUAACCCAAGGAAGAGUGAAAACUGCAACUACCCAAACAUGGGCUGUAUUAACCCAAUUUGGGGAUGAGAAUUACUUUCUGUUUCCUUUCUUACCUUCAAACCAGUGGAUAUUAUUCACUGUUUGGCCAAAACAAGCCAGAACUUAAUUUUAUCACGCAAAUUGGGUUGAAACAAUCUAAACUAUUGGGUAGUUACAGUUUUCACCCUCCUCUGGGUUAAAAUUUAACCUAUAGGCAGUAUCUCAGUAGCAUGCGUGUAUUCGUCUUUAGUACGCGUGUCUACCUGGAGGUAGUUACGUGGCCCUCUGGGGUCGAUGUCUGCGGGACAGCGUUGAUUGAGGUAAUGUGCCGUCUGCGCAGUAUCAUCUACCCAGUGCUGAAUAGGGCAGAGUUGAAGAAUGGGAGGCUUUGAGACGCUUGAUGGCGACAAGCAUACCGGUCCCUUUUAGCAGUUCUGGGCAUACGUGUGUUGUUUUGAGCAUGCGUGCGAAGUUCGGAGCAUGCGUGCAAAGUUCUGAGCAUGUGAAAUACCUUUAAAAAGGACCAGUAUGUUUGCUGCCACCAGCAUCUCAAAGUCAUACACUGCUUGUCGAGUAAGUCGAAACGGUUUCGAUUGUUAUACAAUCGUAUAAAUCGCCAUUGUAUCCAAUAUUUUAUAAUAAAAGAAACGUAACAUGUUUCUUCU